AACACUAAAUUAGCAUAGAGCUUCAUGUCUUUUGAUCGUUGGUCAAGAUCCUGAGGGCCAAAGUGUUUUUUUAUUCAUCGAUUGAAAGGAAAACAAAAAGGAUACUGAGGAUUUUCGUCCGAAAUACUGCAUUAGACUGAAACAGAAUUUGAAAUUCUGCGAUUCUUACAAAUUAACAGAAGCUGAAGAAGGGUUCAUUUUACAAAUGCGAGAACAUUCUGACCAUUUACACGGUUAAGUUUCAUUGUUAAGAUGCUUGAUUUCAAAGACCUGCUUGUUUUCUUCGCAUCCUGGUUUUCGCUUGCAUUGUCAUCCCAUCCGGGUCAAUGGUCCCACUGGAGUGCCUGCUCUCAGACAUGCGAUGGAGGAAUUCGUGCGAGAAACAGAACUUGUGACUCCUGUAACACAACGCAAGAAACCCAGAGCUGUAACCCAAUACCUUGUCGCGCAGAUUUUGAAACCCAGAUUAUCAUGGUCGUGGUUGUGACAGUCGCAGUUAUCUCCAUCGUGACAGCUGUCCUUUUAGUUAUCUUCUUUGUCAAAGGAACGCAAUCUAGCAAGCUCAGAGCGAAAGAAUAUUCUUUAGAUACGAGCAAAAGACUACAAACAUUGACUCUUGAGAAAACGAAUAACAUAACAACUGGAAUGAUCGUGGAUAGUCGAGUGUUCCACCUCCAGCGCGUGGCGGAUAGCAGAAGCUCGUUACAAUCGAGUAGAAUCACGCUGAAAGAUUUUGGAGAAACACAGCUUCGAGCCAACGCGCCUACCUAAAAAGUUCAUUCCGCACAAUAUAAGAAGAAAAAAUUUAUGUGCAACAUACAAGUAAGAACGACAGAAUUUAUUUUAAAAUAAAAGUCGUAGUAUUACGAGUUACCAAAGCACAAGGUGGUGUGACUUUCAACUGACCUAAUUUAGAGGACACAAUUCUUUAGUAAUAAUAAUUAUAAUAAAUGCCUUAAUUAAACUGAAAAAACGGAUCAGCGAAUUCUACAUAAGAAAAGGCUGGUAUAAACUGAUGAUCAGUACAUGAAAUACUAUUAAAAUACAAUUUGCCAUCGAUACAAGUUAAGAUUAAAUUAAAAUUACCAAAGAAAAAUUUACAGUGAUAAAAAUCUUAUACAUUACAUUUGUGUUGUACCUUAUCUGAUCCUAUUAAAAAUUUAAAAGUUUUAAUUGUAAA